UCACAAUCAUUUUCUAGAGUGCCUACGAAUAGUUAAAGACCAUAAUGGGAUGGUUAAUAUUAAUCUAAUUGCAAUUGAGGCACAUGGUAGCACCCUAAAGACUAUAGGUUGGCCCAUUAAAUCAUAGUCCACCAUAUCUGAUAAUAUAAGCCCAAUAGGCCCAAUAUACCACUUAGGGUAAGAAGGCAUAUGAGACAUAUAUAUUGAACAUAUAUGUUGUUGGGAAAAACACUGUGGCAUAUGGUUUGGUAAGGGUUGCUCUCCAUAAGAUCUCUCUUGUAUUGUUUUCUAAUAUUGUCUUGUGUAGAUCGUGAGAGAUUCAAGGAUGAACAUUGGAGACUCAAUGUCAGCUGUAAGCAUUCCUAGAUCUCCUGCCGUCUUGACGCUGAAUGCAACCAACCACAAGCAGUGGAUUGAAAAUAUCACGAUGAACUUGACCUUCAUGAAAGUGGACUUGGCCUUGAGAAUUGAUGCACCAUCUAAGCCUGCUGAUGAUGCUACUGAGAAGGAUAAGAAAUCUUACGAGGACUGGGAACACUCCAAUCGUUGUUGCUUGAUGCUUAUGAGAUAUCACAUGGACGAAUCCAUUCGUGAUAGUAUUCCCAAGUCUGAGAAUGCAAAGGAUUUUCUUGCUGCCAUUAAGGAAAAGUAUAAGAAAUUCUCAAAGAAUGAGAAGAAUGAACACUUGAACAUGCUGCAUCACACUGUUUACGAUGGCCAUGGAUAUGGACCUUGGUGA